CGAAGUUUAAUUUGGAAAGAAAGCAAAAAUGUGAAAAACCAGUUUCAAUAGUUUUAUUUGACAUUACUGGUUCUCCGUCUCUCUGUCUCUGUAUUCACAGCACAGUUCACAAUCGCUUCGGCUUUAUGCACACACUCUGUUUCUUUGGUGCUCCAUUCUGUAGAUUUUUCUUGAGCUAGAUAUAGAUACUUUUUGCUCACUAUAAUAUUAUACUCGUUGUCUCCUGGCUUUGGGGCCUCUAGCUGGCUGGCUACUUGCUUGCUACUUCUUCUGCAAUUUUCGCUCGAUGUAUCUGUUAGUUCGAGUCAAUACAUUGUCCGUGGCAGACGUAUAUUUAUAGAUUCACCCUGCUGUGUGUUGUGUAUUUUUUAUUCCCCACUGUGUUGCAUAUAGAGAGCAUAGAGCAUACUAUACUAGAAUAAUAAAAGUUGAUCUUUAACCUAAUUUCAUUAAGUAUGCUCAAAUAAAGUGAAGAUCUUUUUUUAAAAAGGGAAAAUUAGUAUACCAAUCUAUCUUAUAGAUACAUUUUUUUUUUAAAUCGUGGAUAUCUAUAUGUAUAGAAAAUCAUCAGAAUCGCUUUGCCUUUUUUGAAAAAGAAGUUUCGUGAAUGCGAAUGUGUGUGAGUGUUAAUAUAUCCAAGUUGAAAACCCCUACGCGAUCACUACUUAACUGCUGGUGGUGUACCUACGUACAUAUACAAAAUCUGAAAGUUUUUUUUUUUUCAUAAAGUAGGUACCUACCUUUAUUGCGUUAAACAAGUUUAGAUAGGUUUUUUUUUUUUUUCUUGAAAAGCCAACUAACUGCAGCCGCACACCGCAAAUUCAAACGGUUUUUGAAUGGACUAAUUACAAUCUCUUGGAUAUAAAUUUUCGUAUAUUAUAUGAGACUUGUGCUCUAUGUGGAAAUCACAUAGGAAUACCAAAAUGGAAACUCAAUAAAAAAUAAAAUCCUGUUGAAGGACAUCACAAGAACUAAAAAAGGCAAUGUUCUCAAAUACAUCACAAGGCGCUUCAGCAUACUGUACGCUGCCAUUUUCUCGCAAAUCCAAAGAUGACCCCAUGAAAGGCUCUUCGUUUGGCGACACCAAGCGAUUAUCUAAAUUAGAUGAAGAAACUACCUUAACAUCAUCAUAUGGAACCGUGGGAAGAAAACUGAGACGUGUCAUCAAAUCACAAGAUGACACACUUCCGCCGUACAAAAAACUCAAAGCAGAAUCAGAAGAAAAUACUAGUUCUUUGGGUUUAUCGAAUAACCCUUCCAUAGAGUCAAUACAAAAUGCUUAUGAUUUUGCUGAAUUUAGCGAUGACGAACGACCGCCAUCAGUUUUGAAUGAGCGUAUGUCCAACGAAAGGAGGUCCUUAAGGUCACCAUCAGCUAGUAAAAACCGCAAUAAAAGAAAAAAGGCUGAACAUCCAUUCUGCACAUUGCGGAGAGGUGGCGAAACUUCACCGAUGCCUGCAAUAUUUGAUCAUCCAAGAGAUGACCACAAUAUCAAUCAUAGCUCACUAACCCUUAAUCAAGAAGAAGCAUUGAAUGUUUUGAAUGAACUCGAUGCUAUUUUAGACAACCAUGCUAGUUGCUCAAGUGUCGAACUGACUUCGUCUUCCGAACACACUGAAAAAGUGGAAGAUUGCCUCUUAGAAUUAGACACAUACUUGGAUGGAUUGGAUGAUAAGAGUCUUAAUAGCUCCAUUGACUGUGAUAAUGUUAAUGUGCUAGACAAAGCUCCCAAACGUCGACCUACAACCCUUCCAAAGAACAUGCGUAGUAGUUUUUCAUUUUCGAGAGGCUCCAAGGUUGGCUGUGAAAACGAAACACUGAAUCGGGGUCAUAUGCUGAGAAAAACAAUUGGCAGUGGGAGUGCACUGCGGAGUAUGCGUGGCGGUGGUGGUGGUGACAAUGAUGCUAUUAAGGCCACAAAUAUUAAUAUUUCUCAGUCGGACAAAGUAACGAGAUCCAAUUCUCCUACUCGUAAGACAUGGCGCCGUAAUUCAAUGCGAAAGACAUCACUUUUGGUUCUUCCCGAUCAUAUACGCAGCGAGGAGGACUUGCCAGCGGCCACUUCACAAGAUUCACCUACACCCCGAGAAGUUGAGGACUCAACUGCAAGUGGGAGUGCGCCACUAACUACACCCACUAUGAGAAGAUGUGUAUCUCAGACUGACUUUACUCCCAGUGUACUGACACCCUAUGAUAUUUUACAAGAAAUGGUCGACAGAAAUUCUUCUGAAGCCCAUCAGGACUCUUCUGAAGACCGUCCGCGUCAAUUCGGUCGUAGAGCUGAUGGUCACCCGCGGAUAUUUUCUAUACGCUCCGAGGCCACUGGCAGUGGUAAUCACUGCAUUAUAAUAAAUCAUGAUCGCCCAAUGAGUGCUCCCGUUAAUGGCUCCCUUGAAUGUGGCCGUCGCAAUCCAAAUACUACAUCACACCUAGCAGAUGUUAUGUGUUCAGGGUACAUCGGAUCCGAACCCAGUUCAGUUGGAUCAUCACGUAAUGCUAGUCCUGUUUCCCUAGUUUCUAGCACCGGAUCAAGCUCAAUUGGUUCCACAACAGCUGAUCACUCUCCACGAAGACCCGCUACUCCUCCUCUAGACACUGGCAAUACACAGCCACGAAUUGCCCAUAUCGAUCCAGAUAACAAUCAAUCGGCCCAACAAGAUUUCAAUGCAGAAUGGCCAAAUUCUUAUAGCCGAAUAUUGGCUCUAAUGUGUUGUACGUUGGGCCUCUUCAACAUUAGUCGUUUUGCAAGUCAAACCAUUCAUUAUGGUGGAAAUUUCCUGCUUCAGUUCCUACUCCUUUCUGUUGUAUUUGGAAUCCCUUUAUUCUGGCUACAGAUUUGCCUUGGAGCCAAAAUAAAAGCUGGACCGGUUUCAAUGUGGAAAAUCAGUCCAAUUUGCCGAGGAAUCGGAAUCGCUUUGGUAUUAGGACAAUGUGUCAUGGGAUUGUAUUCCACAGUCAGCAUUAGUUGGCUAUUAGUUUAUUUAAAGGAUUCAUUUUUAACUAAAGCUCAACCACUCUAUCGGUGGCAAGAAUCAUUCUAUAUGUAUCAACGUUCAUCGAAUGUAUCGGGUAAUCUUACCGAAACAGUUGCCGAUUAUUUCAAUGGCAUAGUCCUGCAAAGAUUACAUUUGGGAAGACGAAGUGACGGAAGCGAUGUUCGUUUCCAGGUGAGUGAUAUGCAGCUCGCUUUUAAUUUAUCGAUUAUCUGGACAAUUGUAUUCUUGGUGCUUUGCAAGGGUUUGAAAUCAUUUGGGAAAGUCAUAUUAUUACUGACUUUAGCUCCGUUGGUCUUAUUCAUUGUGAUAACCUUUCGACUGUUGUAUUACAUCGGAUUCUCAAGUGCCCAAAAUAUAUUCUCUGCUUCGGACUUUGAAGAUUUUUUGAUAAAUUCAAAAACCUGGACUGCAGCUGCUCAAGAAGCUUUUCUAACUUGGGGACUGUUGGGAGCAUCUGUUAUAUCCGUUUGUAGUCGAAGCCAUGGGAAGUCCAAUAGCAAGGUUAUUCUUCGAAGAGAAGCCAUAUUGGUGGUCUUGCUGACAUUAUUGGGACUAUGUUUGGCGGGUGUUUUUGGAUUUUCUUGUGAGCAGAUUUUGCAUAAAAAUCAUUACAUUUAUGUACCAAGGUCAUAUGAAUUCAUGGACUCCUAUACUUCAGUAUAUUCUCUAAAAGGACCAAUUACGCCUGCUCUCAUAUCAUAUCCAACAAAAUGGGUACCUCAUUAUUCAAGCCUUUUGGGAGAAACCUAUCGUCGACCUCCAUUAACCUCAUUUCGAGAAAGUGGCUAUCAGGCGUUACGAUUGAUAACUGAAUUAUUUCCGGCAGCAAUGGCAAUUGCCCAGGGUGACUUAUCAUGGAUUUGGACUGCACUAACCUUCUUUAUGUUUAUUUUAUUUGGAUUGGGUCAACUAUGUGUAAUGUGGAAACCUAUUUCCAGUGGUUUGGGUAACUCGACAAGCUCAGUUCUAUUGAGCUGUGUAACGGCUCUUUUAUUAGGCAUACCAUUUGCCUCCGAAAUGGGUUUGGCUAUGAUACAUUUUUUCGAUAUGGUAUUUGGAGGAGCAUGGUGGAUGUUGAUUCUAUGGACAGCGGAAAUUUUGGCAGUUUUUUUGAUUCGCGGUCGUCCUUAUAAUGGAGAUGUUUUAGUUAAUGAUUUACGAAUGACCGGUUCAAUGUCUGCUUUUUUGGCUCUGUCCUGGAAUGUACUUCUUCCGAUUGCAAUGAUAACUUUGGCUAUAAUUGAAUAUAAGGUCUCAUUGACAAGUCAGUUUUAUCAUUGGCGAGGCAAGUCGUAUUUUAGCUUUUGGACUCGCAAAGUUGGCGGCCUAACUCAGGUUUCAUUUUUGCUAAUCGUGCCGAUAACAUCAAUUAUUCAAAUCUAUAGGUAUCUUACAAAUGGUCCUCCUGAUAUUUUGGAUCGAAUUCAGCUGCUAUAUCGUCCGACAGAAUCACCAUUACCACAUCGCCGAGGGCGACCUGGUGCUGAUCGAAACAGACAUGCAACUGGUCAAUAUAACUUGAGAAAUUCCGACUUGGAAGCUAGUAAUGCUCAAGAUGAUGCCCCUCCAAAAUAUACACCUCCUCCUUCGUACACAACUGCGACAGGAGCACGUUUGGCUAAAAUCUUACGCCAAAGUAUAAGGCGAAGUGUUAGACGAUUUUUGGGUGAACCUAGUCGACCAAGACCAAUUCUAUCACUGGAAUCAGCCGACAACAGUCUGCCACCUGAUUACUCUACAGUAUUGUCUAAUCCAGCUGGUGUUGAUAAUCAGCCUGAAAAUAUUGAAAUCCGUCCUAGGCCCCUUUAUAACAGUUACACUCAACGAAGUCUUUCACUGGGCCGAAAUUUAAGAGGAUCAAAUAAAAUCGAAGGAUCAAAUGAGCCUCGUCCCUCAUCAGCUGGUACAACUAUAUUCUCCAGAUCCAGACAGCCUUAUACAGCAUUUGAUGUUGCAAAUGUGCUGCGAACUUCAACACGUCGUCGUGAAUCUGGAGCCAAUUCAAUUACCUCGAGAAUUGAUCAAUCAUUGCGAAAUAAGACAAGUUGGUCUGUUGAAAAUCUAGUUAUAAAUGCAGCACCACUUGGAGAAAGCAAUGCAAUUAUUUUAAGAGCUUCCCCCGCAGACUCAUCAAGCGAUCACAACCCACCGGAUAGCUUAGAUAUUAACGAAAAUACAUCUGUGAUUUGAAUCUCCCCUGUUUAACCUUUGGCUCUUCUUUAGCUAAAGUCCGCAGUCUUUCGGAUUUUAACUUAAUGUUAUUGCAAUAUAUAAACUAUAUGAAAUAGAUGCCUUGUGUUAGACAAUAAUUUAAUUUUAUUUAUAAAUAUAAACUGAUGCGUGGAAAAAAAAUAUUAAAUGUUUAGAUGUAAAAUGUAAAGUGCAUAAUAAAAUUAGA